CUGCUCCCUCAUCAUGCACCAUCCGCACUCCCUCUGCCCAUUCUCUCAAACCCCCACUGACCAUGCCUCCCUCUACCUCUCUCCUCACUCCUGCCGCCUGUCGCCAGGGGGCUACCAGCCCAAUAACGCGCGCAUCGAUGCCGACUCACUCGCCAACCUCUCUGCCAAGCACCUGCUGCCGCUUCAAGGCCCCCAUGCUGCCUCGUGA